UCGUACAAUAUUAAGCCUCAGGUCAGAUGAAUUAGGCCAAUGCACCGAGAGCAAAAAGCAUGGCUGGGAAGAAGGGGUGGACAACAUCGGCUGUGCUGAUAUUUAUGAUUUUCUGCGACCACAGCUAUAAUACAGUCAAUUGCUCAGACUCGACCCAUGCAGAUGUACAUUGUCCAAAACGAACUCCAAAAGGACCAUAUGGUUUAAGUGACAGUUCACAAACUUUCAUUGACUGUGUCACACUGUCAUCAACUAAUGGAGACAAGGUAUCGGGGCCGUUACUGCCGGCACUCACACCCAGCCUGUUCUCCAAUGUCCCACCCUACAUCAACUUUAUAAUGCCUGGACAACAGAAAGAACCAUUUCCGGAGAAUAUAGGUCGUCGUCUACUUUGGUAUGACGGGGGUUCCCCUCUCGUCUCUGCAACAGCCAUCAGAUCCGGCUACUCCCUGACUAAAAAUUUCUCUCUGGCAGUUGGAUAUUACGUAGGAUGUUUACAACCCAGUGAAACCUACAAGUUCCAGAAUUUGAGACCCAGUCAAAAGUAUAAUCACUUCCCAGGCAGUUGGAGUAUUGGCUGCAAGGACAGACUGGAGCUCGCUGUGCGCAAAAUGAAGAAAGCACAUGGCAGAAAGAACUUUGAUUUUCUCCCAUCGACCUUUCUCCUUCCAGAGGAAACCAACUUACUCAAGAAAGCAUGGGGUAGCAAGCAGAAGGGCAAUCUGUGGAUUCUUAAACCUCCAUGUUUUCAUGGAGGAAGGGGCAUUGAAGUGAUACGACGACAGGAAGAGAUCCCUGCUUACACCAGGAUUGUGGUACAAAGAUAUAUAUCCAAUCCUUACCUCAUAGAUGGUUAUAAGUUUGAUAUGAGGAUCUACGCCUACGUCCCCAGUAUAAACCCACUAAGAGUUUACCUGUACCCUGAUGGUGUGGUCAAGUUUGCCACAAAGAAGUAUGUAACUGUCGUUGUUGUUCUUGUAAAAAAUAGACUGUAUGUGAUGCACUGUGAUGUAGACUUAUUAAAUUAA